ACUCUUCUCUUCUCAGAGGGUAAAGUUCCGAAGUCAUGAAGAAACAACAACUCCUCUGAAUAAAAGCUCUUACCUUUAUAUCUCUGAUGGGUGGUUUAAUCGAUCUGAACGUGACGGAGGAAGAAGACGAAACGCUCUCUUCGGCUUCUGGGUCUCUCUCUCCUUCCAAUUCGUCUUCGUCUGCAUUUGGUGUGAGUGGUUCUUCGUCUUUUUCGAGCUCGUCUGGGGUUUGUUUGGAGCUGUGGCACGCUUGUGCUGGACCCCUCAUCUCUCUGCCCAAAAGAGGAAGCCUUGUUUUGUAUUUCCCUCAGGGACAUUUGGAACAACAAGCCCCCGGUUUCUCCGCCGCGAUUUACGGGCUGCCUCCUCACGUGUUCUGUCGUAUUCUCGAUGUUAAGCUUCACGCAGAGACAGAUACUGAUGAAGUGUAUGCUCAAGUCUCUCUUCUUCCUGAGUCUGAGGACAUUGAGAGGAAAGUGCGUGAGGGAGUUGUUGAUGGUGGAGAUCAGGAAGAUUAUGAAGUGCUUAAGAGGACUUAUACUCCUCACAUGUUUUGCAAAACCCUCACUGCUUCUGAUACAAGCACUCAUGGAGGCUUCUCUGUUCCUCGCCGUGCAGCUGAGGAUUGCUUCCCUCCUCUGGACUAUAGCCAGCCCCGGCCAUCUCAGGAGCUUCUUGCCAGGGAUCUUCAUGGCCUUGAGUGGCGUUUUCGCCACAUUUAUCGAGGGCAACCUAGGAGGCAUUUGCUGACUACAGGGUGGAGUGGGUUUGUGAACAAGAAGAAGCUUGUCUCUGGAGAUGCUGUCCUUUUCCUCAGAGGUGAUGAUGGCAAACUGCGUUUGGGAGUUAGAAGAGCUGCUCAAUUUGAAGGCGCAUCUGCUUUCUCAACUCAGUAUAAUCAGAAUACAAAUCACAACAAUUUCUCUGAAGUAGCUCAUGCCAUAUCUUCCAACAGCGCUUUCAACAUAUACUACAACCCCAAGGGAAGCUGGUCAAACUUCAUAGUCCCUGCAAAGAAGUUCUUGAAGAUUGUUGACUAUCCAUUUUGUAUCGGUAUGAGAUUCAAAGCCAGGGUUGAGUCUGAAGAUGCCUCUGAGAGAAGAUCCCUUGGGAUUAUAACUGGAAUCAGCGACUUGGAUCCUAUCAGGUGGCCUGGUUCUAAAUGGAGAUGCCUUAUAGUAAGGUGGGACGACAAUGAGGCAAGCAGGCAUCAACAGCGCGUCUCGCCGUGGGAGAUUGAACCGUCUGGUUCAAUCUCCAGUUCAAGCAGCUUCAUAACAACAGGUCCUAAGAGAAGCAGGAUUGGCUUUCCUAACAUUCCUGUCUCUGAGGGGAUCCACGCCACAGACUUUGAGGAAUCUCUAAGAUUCCAGAGGGUCUUGCAAGGUCAAGAAAAAUUUCCGGGUUUCAUCAACACUUCUUCUGAUGGUGGUGCCGGGGCCAGGAGAGGCCGGUUCAAAGGAACUGAGUUCGGUGACUCUUAUGGGAUCCAUAAGGUCUUGCAAGGUCAAGAAACAGUUCCUGUCUACUCAAUGACCGCUCAUCAGCAGCAGGGGUUGAGUCAGAGGAACAUUUGGUGUGGUCCGUUCCUGAACUUUGGUAGCCGUGUCCUCCAGCCAUCAUCAUCACCUUCUUCUGUCUUGAUAACCAACUCGAAUAGUCCCAAUGGGCGUCUGGAAGAUCACCACGGAGGUUCCGGCAGCAGGUGCAGGCUGUUUGGUUUCCCACUGAGGGAUGAGCCCACUGCGAUGGUUGUCCCUUGCGUUGAAGGGCAAAAAAGUGCUUCUGAUGUUCAAAGCAAUCAUCAUCAUCAUUCACAGGGAAGGGACAUGUAUGGCAUGAGAGAUAUGUUGCUAGACAUUGCUCUCUAGUGUUCUUCGGUUUAAUUAUGUGUUUGUUUUCUUGCUUGCUUGCUUGCGGCUUAAGUAAGUGUGUAUUUUUAGUUGGUUUUAUUUUGAAGAUGACUUGGUAGCUAACUUUCGGAUGUCACAAGUUGUCAACUUUGUAGCUUCGUUGAUGACUCUUGUAAACUUUGUAGCUUCGCUGCAAGAAUGGUUUUUAGGUUCAACUGUUUUUUAAAAAGUGUAUUUUCUUUAA